AUGUCCCUUCCAGUCUCUCAAGACUCUGUGUCAGCGUCGUCCGUCGACAAGAUUACUUCCUACCAAGAGACCAAGAUGGUUUCUCCUAGCAAUCCCGAACCAAUUCAUCCCGAGCUGCCUGUUCCCGAAGAAAAGGAGCUCGCCUGGACAAAGAUUCGAUCCAUAUGGCAAGAUGCGUUUUCCGAAUUCCUUGGCACCAUGAUUCUCAUCAUCUUUGGUGAUGGUGUCGUUGCUCAAGUCGUUUUGAGUAAAGAACAAAAAGGAAACUACCAGAGUAUCUCAUGGGGUUGGGGCAUCGGUGUCAUGUUCGGUGUCUACGUUGGCGGCAAGUCUGGCGGGCAUAUCAAUCCGGCUGUUACUUUGGCCAACUGUGUCUUCCGUGGCCACCCUUGGCGCAAACUCCCCGUCUACGCCAUUGCCCAGCUUCUUGGUGCCAUGGCCGGCGCUGCCAUUAUAUACGGCAACUACAAGUCCGCCAUUGACAACUUUGAGGGCGGCCCCGGAAUCCGAACCGUGACGGGCCCCAAUGCUACCGCCGGUGUCUUUUGUACAUACCCUGCCCCCUUCAUGACCCGUACCGGCAUGUUUUUCUCCGAGUUCCUCUCGAGCUCCGUUCUUCAGUUUGUCAUCUUUGCCCUUGUUGACGAAGACAAUAUUGGCGCUGGCAAAAUGCUACCUUUGGCCCUCUUUUUCCUCAUUUUUGGCAUCGGUGCUUGCUUGGGUUGGGAGACUGGUUAUGCCAUCAACUUGGCUCGUGAUUUUGGUCCUCGCCUCAUCACCUACUUUGUUGGCUACGGUACCGAGGUUUUUUCUGCUGGGGGCUACUAUUUCUGGAUUCCGAUUGUUGCCCCGUUCCUCGGCACCGUCUUUGGCGGGUUCUUGUACGACGUUUUCAUCUACACCGGUCCAAGCCCCGUCAACUCUCCCUGGUUCGGCCUGAAGAGACUGGCUCGACCCCGCCGCGAUGUCUGGUCCAACACCUACCGACAGUCUACUGAGACUAAAGUCUAA